UGUAUUUGACCUACCUGUCAACGUUACUGUAUGCCCUUCUUAUUUAAAGGUAGUAAGUUUUUCGCGUGUUUUCACUCACCAAAUUGGCGUUAGGUGGGACUGAAAACGCUUUAAGGGAAAUGACGGAACAUUAGUUAUCACGAGAUAAAGUCUCAGCGGUUUAAAUGGGCGAAGUUCAGCACCCUUAGUGCCCCGUACUGUCUGCACUGGUGAGGCUCUGGAGGGGAUGAUCUUAGUCGCAGCCGGCAGGAUGGAGUGGCUCUUCCAGCGAUGCCAUAAAGAGGUCGUCGUCAGCUCUUUCUUUCGGUCGGUGCUGCUUCUGUCAUGUAUGUUCUUGGUCCUGUCCGUGUCCAUGUACCCUGGGUUGUGGUCCAUCGGGGUCCGGCUUCAUUCAGUAUUCACAGGGAGCUAUGUACCAGGACACCACUCUGUCCUUGUCAUCAACAGUCCCAAUGAGCAAACAGCCAAGGACAUUGGCAGGGCAAUCAUGGAAAGACGGUUGGCGGCCAGUAUUAACAUUCUCUUCAGGACCUCCACAAUGUACUAUUGGAAGGGAGAAAUCCAGGAUGCGAGUGAAAUCCUGAUGCUGGUGAAAACAAAGACCUCCAUGAUCCAGAAGGUGGUGGACUACGUGAGGUCUGUACAUCCCUACGCGAACCCAGAAGUCCUCAGUUUUCCAGUAGAUGACGGCAGCCUGGCGUACAUGAAGUGGAUGGAUGAAGCCAUUCCAGAUGACUGAUGCAUCAGUAAGAUCAAAGCCAAUCUCAGCGAGGACUGCCGCCAAACAAGGAAACUGAGCCAUGUGUGCAGGUUGCUGUCAUUUCUUUUCAAGGAUUUGGAGGGUUUGAAGGGUUCAGGAAGUGCUGUGUAGCGUUAAAGUUUGAUACAAGGCAGUUUUGUUGGCCUGACCUUUUUACUGGAAGUGGACUGUAGAGAUUUGAUUUCAAGCGGCCAAUGUACACUUGCUGUAGAAAGCACUGCCAGCAAAAAUAAAUAAAUAAAAUGGAAGAGUGAAGGUUCCACUCAGUUAGUCCCUUUUAAGUAAAUGGCUGGUACAUGGUAAACAUAAUAGUACUGCUUUGUGAUAUGUUACCAGAUAAUGCUCUCCAGUUUAAAAAAAAAUUACUGUUUGAGUACAGUAUGUGGUAAGCAGCCGUGCUAGAAUCAGAAUCAUAAUUUAAUCUGAAAAUAACACCCCUUUAUUCCCACUUUACCGUAACUCGCCUGCAUUGUAUGGCUUUACUGCUACUGACAGUUAGGACGUGCAAAAAUAUGAACAUUUUAUGGAACCCAGUCUGUGACAUUUUACUUUAUGUCUGCCAGUUCAGUACAGUAAGGCUUUAAACACACUGGAAUGGAGCUGUAUGCAUUCACAUGCAUUCAUUUGUCAACAAUAUAAUUUGCCUCAAGUGUCAGAGUUUUGGGAGCAGGCCCCUCUAUUCUGUUAUACCGAACCUUUUCUAUUUCGCCUUUAAGAAAGGCUCCAAGGAGAGCCUAGCUGCAUGUCAAUAGUGUAGAAGGUUGCUGUGUUCCCUCCAUUUGGAAGAAUGCUUAAAGAAAACGCUCUGCACAAGGUUAAACUUCAUCCCCACUGUAAUCUGUGGGCUCAUCUCCUUGAUUUCUUUGAAAUAAAUGCAUUUAUUUUUUA